UGUUAUAAAUGUUGGUCUUGCCAACAAUGUCCAGCUUUAUCAUCAUCUCAAGCCUCAACAUCCUCAUUCCAUUGUAAUCACACUACCGCCUCUUUUCUUCACUACUUUUACGAACUCUAUCAAAAUGACGCCUGUAUUUCUCAAGAAGAUGGAGCCUUUCUUCACCCUCCGCAACAAGCUUCCCCUGCAGAUUGUUUUAGUCACCUUGAUCAUUACCGUCAUCACCCUCUCAGGCGUGCGACUCAUCUUGCCCAAUCGGCCCCCAGGUCGCUCCACCACUAUGGGUCUCGGCAUGGGUGCCAAGUCCCUCAUUAUCCUGACCUACGAGAUCCUCACCGAGCACUCAAUCCGCUUCCAUCGCUGGAGCAGCCUCAAGGCUUACUUCAUCCUCAAUGCUAUGGAGGUUGUCUUCUGGGCAGCUGUUGCUUUCAUGAUGAUCCGGGGUAACUCUCAGCUUUGUGUCGGAACAAGCUGCGCACUGGGUUGGGUAGUCUUUGUGUUGGCUGGUUUCUUGAGCCCGAUAUACAAGUACCUUGCUGUGGUUACCUACUUGGACUGGCGGUUCUACAAGAAGAAUGGCUUUCCCCGCGGCACAAGGACAAAGAAUACGGAUGAAUCACUCAGCACUCUCCGCUCAGAUGACACCGCUUAUCGCCACUGAGAAGCGACUCGACGGCUGUGAUA